UUUUGCAGACCUGGCAACCUCCGCACUGGUUCGGUCAUUCGACGCAGACUCAAACAUCAUGGCGGACGAAGUUGAGCAGCAACCAACUACAAACACAGUUGAGGAGCCACUUGAUCUGAUCAGGCUCAGUCUAGAUGAGCGAAUCUACGUCAAGAUGAGGAAUGACCGCGAGCUCAGAGGCCGACUUCAUGCUUACGAUCAGCACUUGAACAUGAUCCUUGGUGAUGUGGAGGAGACUGUGACGACAGUGGAGAUCGAUGAGGAGACUUAUGAAGAACUCUACAAGUCUACCAAGAGAAACAUCCCCAUGCUGUUUGUGAGAGGUGACGGCGUUGUCCUUGUAGCUCCACCUCUCAGGGUGGGCUAACUUCGAUUACAUCCCGGUGUGAAGCAGGGUUUGCUCAAGUACAAUUUCAGCCCACAGAAGAGAUAAAAUCUCUUUUUUUGUCAACAUCAUCCACUCACAUGAGACAAAUGAUUAAUUUUUGUUUUGUUGUCAGAUGUAAAACAUGUCGAUGGAAAGAAGAGAGAACUUUUGUAAGUCAGUGUUUAAUAGGUGUUAUUUUGGCAAGUUGCCAUUUUUCAAGCCACAUUUUCAUUUAACAGGAUAUUUAGGCUAUUUCAGAACAUUAGAUCAGGUAAAAAGUCCAUUUUAAGUUCCAAAGCUAAGAAUACUCAUUAUGUUUAAACAUAAUCGCAUCAUUUUAGUUAUCUGUGACUGUAUGUGCUCUUUGUUUAAAAAGGCUCACCAAACGUACCGCUGAGCGAUAUGUAUGAUUCUUAAGUUUUAAAUUUUGUCAACUGUAACUUUGGUUUGUUCCGAGCAAAAGUCU